CUCUCUCUCUCUCUCUCUCUCUCUCAGUGUGUCGGCUGUUGCCGCUCGGUUCACACUGCUUUGCGCUCUGGAGCUUGUCUAACCAGACCUCCACACACAUCCACCUCCACCUCCUCCACCUCCACCUUCUCCGUAUAUCCGUGCACUUUCUCCCGCGGAGGUCUCUCUCUGGAUGGAUACACUGCGCACAGUUUUCUGGAGGUGACAGCAGGAAUCCGAGAAGCUGAAUGACGUUUAGUCCGGAGAACAUGGACGGUCUGUCGCCUCCCUGAUGGUGAAGCUCUGUAAAGUCAUUCCUGCAUCCCGGAGGAGUUUUGUGUGUCAUCAGCCUUGAGACACACCCACACACACAUGCUGAUGUUCAGCCUCUCCUUCUCACAGUGGACCUGGCAGACGUCUAAUCUCUAAAAGAUUGAUGAGACCGUGUCCAGGCGCAAGAGGCCUGGCUCAGCGUCGAUAAGGCAGCUUUCAUUUCACCACGUUUUAUCCCUCGCUCCUUCCUUUCUUCUCCUCUUUUCCUCGCGCUGAGGGACGCUGUGGUUGGCUUUGAAGCGUGAGAGAGGAUUAUGACACACCGAGCCCCUCGGGUGAGGUGUGUUUUAAACGGGAAACAUGAAAUGUCUCGGAAAUGACAGUUCUGUUUUCUUCCGUUGCUCCAUGUUAGACAGCCGUGUGGUAGCCGAGCCGGACGCCGGGGUCGGCAUGUCACUGUCAAACUGCUGGAGCUGGAAUAUAGUGAAACUACAGAGAGACACCCAGAGCUGAGAGUAGCUGAACACGCAUCACACACACACACACCUGCACACACAAACACACCCAGAGUGUUCCACACAGGACAAUGUGCAACAUCUCGUUCUGUAAUGUGGACAGUAAGGUGGACCAGUUCUUCCAGCCCACACUCUACAUCAUAGUCAUCGUUCUGGGGCUGCCCACUAACUGCAUGGCCCUGUGGGCUGCCUACAUGCAGGUCCGCCAACGCAAUGAGCUCGGCAUCUACUUGAUCAACCUGUCAGUGGCCGACCUCCUCUACAUCACCACUCUUCCUCUGUGGAUUGACUACUUCCUACAGCACGAUGACUGGAUCCACGGUCAGGAGAGCUGCAAGCUGUUCGGCUUCAUCUUCUACACCAACAUCUACGUCAGCAUCGCCUUUCUCUGCUGUAUAUCACUGGACAGGUACCUGGCUGUGGCAUACCCUCUGCGCUUUGCCAAGGUGCGACGCAUCAAAACAGCCGUCAUGGUCAGCGCCAUGGUGUGGAUCAUCGAGAUCGUAGCCAACUCCGCUCCUCUCUUCCACGAUGAGCUCUUCCAGGAUCGGUUCAACCACACCUUCUGUUUUGAGAAGUAUCCCAUGCAGGACUGGGUGGCAGGCAUGAACCUCUACAGGACAUUUCUGGGGUUCCUCGCUCCAUGGACAGCCAUGCUUGUCGCCUACCGCGGGAUCCUGGCAGCGGUGCGCUGCAACGUCUCCACAGAGCGUCAGGAAAAGGCCAAAAUUCAGCGCCUGGCAUUGAGCCUGAUCCUGAUUGUCUUGCUCUGCUUUGGACCGUACCACGUCCUCCUACUGGUGCGGAGUGUCAUGUUUCUAAAAAAACCAUGUGACUGCAGUUCAGAGGAGACCUUGUUUGCAGCGUACCAUGUGUCGCUGGCGCUGACCAGCCUCAACUGUGUCGCAGACCCCAUUCUGUACUGUUUUGUCAAUGAGGGAGCGAGACACGACGUCGGCCGUGCUCUCUCGGCUUUGCUGUCGGCAGCUUGCCACAGAAGUUCUUCUUCCUCACCGUCGCACGCUGACAUACUCAACGCUGGUUCAGUGACGAUGGAAACGCCACUGUCAGCGAAGAAACAGCCUUGUGUUUAUGCCGAAGGAGGCAAGACGAGUAGCUACAAGACAGAACUGGUGGCACUAAAGGAGGAGUGUCUCCAGAUGACCAUCCUCAGUGUUAAGAAGUGACCUCUACCUGGUGGUCCUCAGUGGAUAGAGGAAGCUCCUAACACUGGCAGGGUCUGAUGUCUUCUGGCCUGGCAGGCUGAAAUCAGAUGAUUCAUGGGGCUGUAGAUGCCCGGGGUAAUAGCUUCCACUAAAUGGCACAUUACCGAGCCGGAAUGGGGAUGAGAUUGAUGAAAUAAACAAGACAUACCGUCUGGAGACACAGUAGCAGCCUCUCUGAGAUCGAAACAAAAUUGUUGGGUGAACGAAAGAUAGAGAGAGAGAGAGACUGCUAUUGUUAGAUCCUCGACACCAGCGAGGCAGAGAAUGUUAAGUUUGGCGUGACAUUGGUGGUGGUCGUAAAUCGUUUGUACUGUGACCAUUUUAGGACGUCUCAGACUCAGUCAGGCUCAGUUCUGUGUUGCUGAUUUGGUUCUACUUUCAUUACUUCAAGGAUUCAGCCUCAGUGGAUCAUGAAUGUCUGUACCAAAUCUGCUGCCAACCCAUCCAGUAAAUGUUGAGAUAUUUCAGCCUGGACCAAAGUGUUGGACCGACCAGCUGACAUCUCUACAGUCAAUAAGGAUCACAACUUGGAUAUUUGGACAGUUUCCAACUGUUCCAGAAGUUAUUCACAAUGCAGACGAACACGUUCUUGAAUAUUUAAGUGGAGUUAUUUAAACAGACAACACUCUGCAUGGCUGAGUAUUGUUAGUGGUCUGAGUGGAGACACCUUUGCACACACCCAGCCGGACAAAGGGCGGAUGUCGGAGGUUCGACACACAGAUCACCACUUUGGAAUAUCUAAGUAAGAGAUUGUAGAUUACUGGUCGAAACAUUUUUAAUGCUUGUUGGAAAUUGUUUUAUUAGAUUCUUGAAGGAAACAGUGAAGCCUUAUGAAGUACCUCAGCUUGUAAACUGUGAUAGCAACGAGGCUUAGAAAGCAAGUGUCU